AUGCUUGACACCGGACGGGACCGUAUGCAAGAAAAAAACUGUGUAAGUGUAAUUCUGUGAUGCAGAAAGUGCAAAACAGUUACACUUGUCAUGCUGGACAUGCAUCAGAAGCUCUUUUCGUACGUGUUUUCACGUACUAGGCGCGCAUGACAGGCUCUCUCUGUCAUGCAGAGCAAAUUUGUGAUGCUAUUCCUCCAAGAAAGUUACACUAACACAGUUUUUUUCUUGGAUAGACCGUCAGCAUAAUUUAUUACGAAGCAGAACCGAACCACGCGGACAAAAGACAAAUAACCGCCGGGGACGAAGUUUAUCCUGUGCAAAAGUAUCGUAAAACUCGUUGUAAUUGCGAACAUGCGUGACAACUCUCCAUCCCAAUGUAAAACAGCAUGACAAAUUCUCCAUUUGUCAUGCUGAGGUAAUUUGUAAUGCCAUUACUACUAGUACGUUAUACUUUUGCAAUGCAUAAAGUUGCGCUUUUCCUGACAAACGCGUGCGCUUCGAAGAUGAAGACGAAGAGGAGGAGUUUAUCCUGAUUAAAAACGUCCCCACACCUCCAGAGUCAAAUCUGCUAGACAAAUCACACAGCUUUGGUUGUUUGGCAUGACAAGUUUGUCCUCGUAGUGUAGUCCUGUUUUGGUAGCUCAGAAGCAUCACAGACCCAGCGCAUCACGCUGCUCCUAGCGUCACAAAUUUCAAAACACGAAGAGAAAACGCUUCUUAUAGGGUUCCGCAUGAGAAACUUUUUUGGCAUGCAGAAUUGCAUGACAGCUCUGGGGUGAGGACGCUUUUGGUCAGGAUAGAGUUCCAGGGUCGUGGUGGACCAAGACCUGCUAUCAAAUGUAAAAAUGUCUGGGUCUGGAAAAAUGGAACUUGUGAUGCUGCCUUUAGAUUCCAAAAGAAUCUGUAUUGCAUGAGCAGUAAAGGGAAUGUAAUUUUUGCUACGCGGAGAGGGCAUAAUUUGUGAUGCGGAAUAGGCAUCAAGAAGCCCUUGAAAAAUCUGUGAUGCUAGGGCACGCAUCACAGACGUCAUGGCUCAUGCAAAACGUGCAUGACAUCAAGUCUCAAAAUUUUCCAGACCCAGACAUUUUUGCAAUUGAUACUUGCUUCUGGUGGUGGAUCGCGCCGAGGACCUCCUCUUCAACAAGGACGAAACCAGCACGAACGCCAGAACGAUUCGGAGCGCCGGUAUGCAAAGAAAAAAGCGUUACAGUUACCAUUGUGAUUGUGUUGCAGAACGCGCAUGACAGACAACCGCUCUCAUGCAGAUCACUGCAUUGAGCGUUUCCUCGGUGAAGAUGUAGAGCAAGUUUAUUGAAUGAUGUGUUGCUGAAGUUCCAACAAGUGUGUAACUGCAACACUUUUUUGUUGGGAUAGCCGGACCCGUCGUACUAGUUCUCCGCAAGAACACCAGGUGGACGAUCAGGCCGCGCGCCGACAGCGUUCGAAUUCGCCUCGUCGCCCGGCCAGCAAGGAGGACCGGGUUGGCGGCGAUCAAGGGCAGCACCAGGAUGAGGACCGGCCCCGCUCAACAAGCUCGGGCCAGCGUGAGCAGGUCAAAAAAGCGACCACGGCAGCUGCCCGUCCAAAGAAGAAAGCAAAAGAAGAGGAGGAGAGCAGCAGCGGCUCGUCCUCCAGUGACAGUUAUCACAGGUGGAAAAAAGUGUUACAGUUAUGUUAACACAUUUGUUGGAAUUUCAGCACCACAAACUUUGUCUGUGUGACAGACAAGAAGGUGGGAAAACACGAAUGAAAUGAGGCGGGCAAGCAUUUCCUGCAUGAUCGAGGUUUUGUGUCUUGCUUGUCUUCCAUGAUCAGAGUGUGUAACUGUAACACUUUUGUCUCGUGAUAGCAGCGACGACAGCACCAGUAGCAGCGGUAGUGGUUCGACUCCCCCGUCCUCGUCGCCCCCUGGCUAUCCUGUGCAAAAGUUAAAGUACGUAUUGCAGUAUUGCAUGACAUCAAAACUAUUUCCUAGGGGGAAUCAGCAUUACAUGUUGUAAAAGAGAUGAAAUAAAUAUAAAUUUGUAGUGCAGGUUCUACUAGUUGUACUCCACUGGUGCGAAGGUACGUAAAAAUUUUGCAAUGCAUACUAGCAAUGGAAAGACGAACGCCAAGAAGAAUAAACCCGCCGCAAAAGCAAACGCCCAGCAGCGCAAGGCUGUAUCCUUUGCAAAAGUAUCGUACUCGUAUUGCAUUCAUGCAUUACAAACCUUUUUAAUUCAUUUUCUUAAGGUAAAUCAGCAUUACAAAUUUCAUUUCUCACGCUGAGGAAAUUUGUAAUGCAUUUAUACGAGUACGAUGCUUUUGCAACGCAUAGGCUGUUGGUGGUGGCGACAAGGAUCAUGUUGAAGGCCGUGACGAAAACGCUGGAGAUAUCAUAUGCAAAAACGUACCCACCCCAUAGUCAAGUUGGGAACGUAGCAACACAAAUCCAGAAGUUUUGGGAGUCACGCCUGACAAGUUGCAGUCCGUAGUGUAGAAGUACUAGUGCAUGUUACUAGCAAGGACAGCCGCAUCACAAUUCCAUCUGCUUAUCCUGUUUGCAGCAUUACAAAUUCCAAAGCACGAUUGGAAAUGCCUCCCUUGGGAACGCGCAUUACAGAUGUUGCUGCAAUUGCAAAUCUGCAUGACAGCUCUGCUGGGGUGGAAACGUUUUUAAACAGGAUAGGUGAAAAUGGAGGAGGUGCUUCCACAUCGACCGGGCCCCACGACGCGGGUGCAUCUUCGGAGCGUCCUCCCGCUCCUGAACUUACGAACAAUAAUGGCCCGGUCGUGCAGUUGGGGCAGAUGUUGUCAUCUAGCGCCGACGAAGAUCGGGGGCAUGAUGGCACCAGUUUGUUGACCGGCGCCCACCCCGGUGCAGGACCAGAUCACCCAGCUGCUGAACUUACGAACAAUAACGGCCAGGUCGUGGCGCAGUCGGGCCAGCGUCUGUCAUCUGGCGCCGACGAAAGAGGGCAGGGCGGCAAUGUGGGUGACGCGAGGACGGUCAACGGAGGGGAGGACGGUAUCAACUGCAAACAUGUCUCUCUCUAUAUGGUUGCUGCGCAUGUUGAUGUUUGUGAUGCAGUGUCUACUGCGUACCCCAGGACAGAAGGUGUGGCAUGCGAGCCUUAGCAUCACGACAGGUUUUGAGCCGGUUUCUCAAUGCCUAAUACCAAUACGCAUAAGUAACAAAUCCCUUCGCUCGAUGACAUCAAGAAAAAGGACUACCUGUUCUGCUGCCCAUGCAUGACAGAUUUUCAUUUUUCAAUGAUCUAAAUUAAAAUGCGCAUCACAUUCACAAGUCGUAGCUUUCCCGAGUCAGACAUAUUUGCAAUGCAUAGUUGGCGUGGUGGAACAACGUGAAGACCGUCGCCGACCACGUGACGCAGCUCGGUCGCGACGGCUCCUAUUCACAGAAAAUUUCCCGUACACGUCCUACCAAAACCUCCAAUGCGGUUUUUGCAUGACAAAUCUUUCCCUCAAUCUUUAUUUGAGGGCAUGGCAAACUGUUUAUGCUCUAGGUAGGGGAACAAAUAAUUUGUGAUUUUCGUUUUUUUAAGUGGACAAAAUGAAAUUUGUUUGUAUUGCAUAACUCCCGAGGACGCAGAGUACCAGGGGGCAGCAAGAAGUCAGGGACCGAAGCCGCGACGAGCCCCGUGCUCAUCCGCUUGGCGACUUACCGAGACUAUCCUGCGGAGCAAAACUAGUACCAUCGUACGACGUAUAAAGCGCAUGACAAAUUUAUUUCCCAGCAUGUCAAAUGGAAUCUGUCAUGCCGAUUCAUCUAUAGGAAGGAAAUUUGUCAUGCAUAGUUGCGAUUACUACGAGUACGAUACUUUUGCAGGGCAUAGAGACCGCCUGACCGCGGACGAAGUCGAAGAUUUUUUCGACGGUCUCCAGAUAUCAAAGGCAAUUCGGUAAAGUCCGGUUCUGGAAGAAUUCAGGGGAGUUUGUCAUGCAGUUUUGACCUGACCAAGGAUCUCUCUGAUGCACGCUCUACUAGCAUCACAGAUUUCAUCGCGAAGGGUUGAUGCUUAUGCACAACCUGCAUGAGAAAAUCCCUCUCCGGAAGAUGGCAACAACCUCAGUGUAGUCUUCUGCGGCUCAACAUGCAAUACAGGUUUUUGUACAAUCGAAAGUUUAUCGCACGAAAAAACUGUUUCACUGUGAACCUGUGAUGCAGAAAAUGGAACACAAAACUGUUUGUCUUGCUACACAUGGAAGGCAUUGGAUUUUCCAGCGUGUUUUCCCUUGGGAAGUGCGCAUGACAAAUUUUCAGUGUCAUGUGUAACAAACUUGUGAUGCAGAUCUUGCAAUAUCAUCACAGUGAAGCAGUUUUUUCGUGGGAUAAAGUUAGCAUCAGAAAUAAUUCCCUUUCGUUCCAGAUAAAAUCCAGACAUUUAAUUGCAGUUCAUAGCAGCGCCACCGAGAGGACAGAACCGGCGUCCUUCUGCAGCUCCACGACCCUCAACAUGUCAACGCACACAGCGCCAGCCUAUCGCAUUUAAAAACGUCCCUACCCCAGAGUUGUCAUGCAAAUCUGCAUGCCAAAAAAGUUUCUCAUGCGACGCCCUAAUAUGAGAGCCAUUUAUAUCUAGUCGUGUUCUUUUGGAAUUUGUGAUGCUGGAAUCAGCAUGGCAUGCUACAUAUGUGAUGCUUCGGGACUAGCUAAACAGGAUGAAGACACUGCGCGGGCAAACUUGUCAUGCGAAACAACCAGAGCUGGUUGAUUUGUCUACUUAGCAGAUUUUCCAUCUUGACUCUGGUGUGGGGACGUUUUUCCUCACAAUACAGCCGUCCGCUUCUUCGCGGCCGCAAGAAAGGGAGGUGGACCAACGAGGGCCUCGAGGAGACCGCGUGCCGCAGCCACCUAUCCUGUGCAAAAGUAUCGUACUAGUAGAAAUCGCAUGACAAAUUUUUUCAGCACGAAAAAUGGAAUUUGUCAUGCUGAUUGACCUUGGGAAUCAGAUUUGUAAUGCACGAUUGCAAUUAGUACGAGUACAUAUACUUUUGCAUAGCAUACCGUCCGCUGCACGGCGACAGGAAAAUACAUCACCCCGUAUGCAUUGCAAAUAUGUCUGGGUCUGGAAGAGUGGAAGAUUUGUCAUGCAGGUUUUCCAUGACCCAUGAGGUCUGGUAUGUAGGACAUAGCAUGACAGAUUUUUUGAGAGUUCUAUCAUGCCUAUCCUGCAUGAGAAACAGCCUCGCGAUUAGCUCAAAAGUGGACAUUUUGGUAAUCAUGCAACACAGAUUUUUACAUGACUCAGAUUUAGCAUGACAAGUUGGUUUGUUCCAGACCCAAACAUUUUUGCAUUUGAUACCCCGACGCCGGAUGUCUUGCCGGGCGGAAGGACGCGGAAUAUCAAAAGAAAAAAUCCCCCCUCCCCAUAUCAAAACGAGGUUUCUGAUGCUGGAUUUGGGUACACAAAUCAGAUUUAUCUUGCUGGAGAGGACUGCAGGCCCAUACCAAGACCGAGUAGAGAUGUUUUGGGCUAGGCGCUGAGCAUGGCAAACGUCUAGUCUGUAGGGCCACCAGCAUCACAAACCGCCUGCAGAAUGGCGGAGACUGUGGAGUUGCGUUCUUGCAAGACAGAGACGAUUUGAGGUCGCAAAUCAGCAUUGCAAACUUUCUGAGAUCUACCUUUUCGUCGAUAUGGGGAGGGGGGAUUUUCCCUUACGAUACGGAACAACCGAUCCUCAGGAACAACGGCGAGGAGACUACAACCGCCCAAACAGGAGGUCCCAGAUGACUUCGAGUUAUAGACGCCAAGACCGUAUCAAAUGCAAAUAUGUCUGGGUCCUCUGGAACAUGGCAACUCGUCAUGCCAAAUCUGAAUCAUGCAAGCAUCUGUCUAGUUGCAUGAUUAUACCAAAAUGCGCUCUCCACUUUAUUUGUUGACCAAGUUCUUGAGAAGAGGUUUCUCAUCAUGCAGGAUGAUCAUGGCAGAGAUCUCAACACAGAAUCUGUCUUGCUAGGUCCCACAUUUCAGACGUCAUUGCUCGUUGUAAAAGUAAAACCUGCAUGACACGUCUUGUCCAGCCACGGAAAAAGUAAAACCUGCCCAGCCACGGAAAAAUUCCGGGAACCGCCGGGGGCCGGCGCAUGCGGUUAGGAGCAUGGCUGGCCUCGGUGUCGGGGUCGCGGCUUGGCCCGGCGAGCGCUCAAGCAAGUCAGCCUGUGCAUAUUGCGUGUGACGCUAGUGGACAAAAUGCCGGCAGGGGCGAGGCCAUCCCCGGCCGCGAUUCCCAAUGCGGUCAGCCACCCAAGAUCGCCCAGGCUGGAUUCGGUAGGUGAAGUCGACUGGAGGCACAACUCUGGUGGCUCGGACCACAAAAUCCCAUCCCCCACCAAUUCAAAAUCCAUCCGAAUUGUGUCAGAAUCCGUCCGAAUCAAGAAGCCAAGAAGGGGACAAAAUUCGGACGGAAUUCCGACAGAAUUCGGAUGAGUUUUGAAUUUGCCCCGAUGGCCCCGAUGGAGUUUGAAUUGGGGCCGAUCGUCCGGAUGGGUUUUGAAUUGGGGCCGGUCGUCCGGAUGGAGUUUGAAUUGGGGCCGGUCGAUCGGAUGGAGUUUGAAAUUGGGAUCCACUCCCCGAUGAACUUUAGAAUUGUUGCGCCGAUCCCAAUUUAGCGCCGCAAACAAGCGCAGCCCCCUUCUGCGCCCGUGCGGGCCAGUUGUAGCGUUCCUGCCUGAAGUGCCAAAGCCAAUAAUAGCGCCGGUCGCGGGAAUGACUAGACCGCCACCCGUGUCAGACAGGCGCUACACAAUAGUGGCGCGAAAUUUUAUGCCACGACAACGCGCCGUCGCCCUUCGCAGGCGAUGCGGGCGUAUGCCGGAAAGUGAAUCAGAGCGCAUCGCUCUGGCCCUCGGUCAUCAUUCAGCAACACUGCUACUACGGCGCGGAGCAGCCCUGCGGGUUGAGCCCGUCCCCCGAGCCAAUGAGCCAGCAGGCAGCGGCGCUACCAGGUCGCCAAAAGCUGCCGGGGCAGCAACCGCUGAGAGUCCAGGGCAUCGCGGAUUGUGGCUCAUUUCAAAAGUGCUCACUUUUUGAAUUCAUUUUGAAUUCGUUUUGAAUUCAAUUUGACACCGCCUGGUCCAGCGUUAACUCGUUGUAAAAGUAAAACCUGCGUGACACGCGGUCUUGCAACCGUUCAGAUCCAGACAUAUUUGCAUUCGAUAGACCAUAUGCAUUGCAAAAGAAUCGUACUCGUAUAAAUGCAUUACAAAUUUCCUCAGCAUGACAAAGAAAAUUUGUAAUGCUGAUUUACCUUAGGGAAUAGAUUUGUAAUGCAUGAUUGCAAUACGAGUACGAUACUUUUGCAUUCGAUAGACCACAGGGCCAUCUCGCGAAGCCGGUCGCAACGCGUCGGAGGAGGAAGGCAUAUCCUGUGCAAAAGUAUCUGAUACUCGUAGUAAUGAUCGCAGUCAUGCAAUACAAAUUUUUAUCUCAAAAAAAAACAGCACUACAAAUUCCAUUUGUCAUGCGGAGCUAAUUUGUAAUGCGAUUACUACUAGAUAGUACGAUGCUUUUACAUUUCAUAUUUCACCAAGACGAGCAGCAAUAUAUGCACUGCAAAAGCAUCGUACUCGUAUAAAUGCAAGUCUUGCAUUACAAAUUGUUUUCCUAGGGUAAAUCCGCAUGACAAGUUUUAUUUCUCAUGCUGAGGAAAUUUGUAAUGCAUUUAUACAAGUAUCGGAUACUUUUGCAGUUCAUACAAUACCAUUAUCAGCAAGGACCGGCGACCUCCAACCCUGCCGGCCUGGCCGACAGUGCGGUUCCCGAAGUGCGGCCAGGUAUCCUGUGCAAAAGUAUCGUAUUCGUAGUAAUCGGAAUCAUGCAUUACAAAUCUUUAUCCCAAGGCAAAACAGCAUGACAAAUACCAUUUGUCAUGCUGAGCUAAUUUGUAUUGCAAUUACUACUAGUACGAUACUUUUGCAGUUGAUACCAGGCGAUGCCUGGCAAAACGCACUGGCACAGGCGGUGCCGAAGUGCUAUGGCGCUCUCAAACGUUACACUCUCAACUGUUACAUGAAAUCUGUAAUGCAAGAAUGGCAAAAGUGAAAGGGAAAAGGUUGCGCCUUUUGCAUUACAGGUUCGUUUCAGAUUAUACUGCUAUCUAGCACGUCGAGAACUUGUCAUGCGAACCAGCUUGAUCAUGUAGAUGUUGGUGCUAAUUUUGCAUGACAAAAUCGUGUAACAGUUGAGAAUGUAACGUUUGAGAGUCCCAUAAGUGCGGCGCUCCGCGGUUAGGAGGUGCGGCGCCAGGUCAUUUUACCUCGCAUCAAGCAUUAUCACACACAAAAACAAAAAAGCAGGCAGGUCACGUUUGUAAUGCAACUAUAAAUACAUCAAAAAAAAACCGCGUAUGUUGGUGGACCCUACUAAAGCAGCAUGCUAAGAGGCUGGCCACGGCAGAUCAUUCUUCGGUGUAGUAUUUCUUUGCGCAUUGUGCAAAUAAUAUGUCCUGCCUGCUUUUUGUUUUUUCUCGGGGAUCAGCAUCGCACGAGGGACAGCACGUUGUUAAUUCAUUGCACGUAGCAGCCCAGCAGUUGGAAGUACCUAUCGAAUGCGGCCUUGAAGAUCGGGGGUACCUUACGGCUGCGGAGCGGCAGCACCAGCAGAUGCUUGCCUAUCAACACGGCGCGGUCAACACCACGUUGUCAGGGCCGAGUACUGGACCUGCCGGCCUAGGUGACGCAUCCGAGGUGGUGGACAUCAUCCCAACUUGGACGACAACAGCUAACAUGCUUGCGAAUGGCGCGGGACCAGAGCAGGGUGAUGAUCAUGUAGCACUAGCACAUUCAGCAGCGUUUGUCCCUCCUUCGGCUGGUGGGCCAGUGGCAUCCGCUUCUGCUGCCAGUAGCGCGAUGAACUACUACGAAGAGCCACAACUACAGACCAACGGUGGAUCCUCGUCCGCCGCUUCUUCGAUAUGAAAUGCAAAAAUGUCUGGGUCUGGAAACUUGUGAUGCCAAAAUGUGGAUGAUUGAAGCGCUUCCAAUGGAAGCCAGACAUGACAAGUUUUUGAGACACCUUCUGAUGCCUAGCACGCACUACAAAUUGCGUUUUUGCAUGACAAAGAAAACUUCUCUUUUGCUGCUCAUGCAACACAGAUUUUCCAGGAACGCAAGACACGCAUUUACAAGUUCGACUUUUCCCGACCCAGACAUUUUUGCACUUGAUAUUCGAAAAAGGUGAACAAGAUAUCCUGUCGAAAAUGA